GUGCACAUAGUAGGAGAUAGUCAACUCGUCUUACGGAUGAUACGGGAGCGCAGGCGGCCAAAAGCUCGGGUGCUACAGCCUAUUUAUGACAGAGCACGGCGCCUAGCAGACUCGGUGCGCGUAGCUUCAUGGAGACACCACUACCGUUGCCACAACAAGAUGGCAGAUUGUCUUGCGAACCUCGCUAUGGAUUCCAGACGAAGUCAG